GACCACAAAGAAAAACAUUAUUCGCAAGUUUAACAAAUGAUGAUGGAUUACCAAGGAAGAUAGCGAAACGUAUUGUUACCUUUCAACCUCGUAUACUUCGCUAUUAUGAGGUUUCUUUUUUACAUCCAUCCACGUUUCAUUGA